AUGUAUCUGCGGGCGCUUCAAGGGUACGAGAAGGCGUGGGGACCCGAUCAUACGUCAACACUAGACACGGUUAACAACCUAGGGAACCUUUACAAAAACCAAGGCAAGCUGCAAGAGGCGGAGGACAUGUAUCUGCGGGCGCUUCAAGGGAAGGAGAAGGCGUGGGGACCCGAUCAUACGUCAACACUCUCUACGGUUAACAACCUAGGGAACCUUUACGCCAACCAAGGCAAGCUGAAAGAGGCGGAGGACAUGUAUCUGCGGGCGCUUCAAGGGAAGGAGAAGGCGUGGGGACCCGAUCAUACGUCAACACUAGACACGGUUCACAACCUAGGGAACCUUUACGCCGACCAAGGCAAGCUGCAAGAGACGGAGGACAUGUAUCUGCGGGCGCUUCAAGGGUACGAGAAGGCGUGGGGACCCGAUCAUACGUCAACACUAGACACGGUUAACAACCUAGGGAACCUUUACAAAAACCAAGGCAAGCUGCAAGAGGCGGAGGACAUGUAUCUGCGGGCGCUUCAAGGGAAGGAGAAGGCGUGGGGACCCGAUCAUACGUCAACACUAGACACGGUUAACAACCUAGGGAACCUUUACGCCGACCAAGGCAAGCUGCAAGAGGCGGAGGACAUGUAUCUGCGGGCGCUUCAAGGGAAGGAGAAGGCAUGGGGACCCGAUCAUACGUCAACACUCUCUACGGUUAACAACCUAGGGAACCUUUACAAAAACCAAGGCAAGCUGCAAGAGGCGGAGGACAUGUAUCUGCGGGCGCUUCAAGGGAAGGAGAAGGCGUGGGGACCCGAUCAUACGUCAACACUAGACACGGUUAACAACCUAGGGAACCUUUACGCCGACCAAGGCAAGCUGCAAGAGGCGGGGGACAUGUAUCUGCGGGCGCUUCAAGGGUACGAGAAGGCAUGGGGACCCGAUCAUACGUCAACACUAGACACGGUUAACAACCUAGGUCUCCUUUACGCCGACCAAGGCAAGCUGCAAGAGACGGAGGACAUGUAUCUGCGGGCGCUUCAAGGGAAGGAGAAGGCAUGGGGACCCGAUCAUACGUCAACACUAGACACGGUUAACAACCUAGGUCUCCUUUACGCCGACCAAGGCAAGCUGCAAGAGGCGGAGGACAUGUAUCUGCGGGCGCUUCAAGGGAACGAGAAGGCGUGGGGACCCGAUCAUACGUCAACACUAGACACGGUUAACAACCUAGGGAACCUUUACAAAAACCAAGGCAAGCUGCAAGAGGCGGAGGACAUGUAUCUGCGGGCGCUUCAAGGGUACGAGAAGGCAUGGGGACCCGAUCAUACGUCAACACUCUCUACGGUUAACAACCUAGGGAACCUUUACGCCGACCAAGGCAAGCUGCAAGAGGCGGAGGACAUGUAUCUGCGGGCGCUUCAAGGGUACGAGAAGGCGUGGGGACCCGAUCAUACGUCAACACUCUCUACGGUUAACAACCUAGGGAACCUUUACAAAAACCAAGGCAAGCUGCAAGAGGCGGAGGACAUGUAUCUGCGGGCGCUUCAAGGGAAGGAGAAGGCGUGGGGACCCGAUCAUACGUCAACACUCUCUACGGUUAACAACCUAGGGAACCUUUACGCCGACCAAGGCAAGCUGCAAGAGGCGGAGGACAUGUAUCUGCGGGCGCUUCAAGGGUACGAGAAGGCAUGGGGACCCGAUCAUACGUCAACACUCUCUAUGGUUAACAACCUAGGUCUCCUUUACGCCGACCAAGGCAAGCUGCAAGAGGCGGAGGACAUGUAUCUGCGGGCGCUUCAAGGGAACUAG